AUGAACGGGUCAGCAGGAGAACAGACGGCCGCAUUCGACAACAUCCGAUUGUCACUCGAUCGGGCAACAUUGGACGCAGCCCUCGGGAAGAGAAAAGUCCAGGCUAUAGAUGUGAAUGGUCAGCUACUAUACGAUGAAGAAAAAAUAACGACCGAUAGAUUGACUGAACAGCUAGAGAGGGUUUGGAACGAAUACCCCGACGGACUGCUGGAUAUCAAUGAAGAGAGGUUGGAGAAGCUAUCACCUGAUGAGGAUGCAGUCAAGAAGGAAGAAUCCAAGGAAGAUCAAGAGACAGAACGGCAUCCGUCCAAGAUGAUGAGCAGAGGUGAAAUGGAUGAAUUGCGGACCGAAGUGCAUGAACAACUCAAUGCCGCUCGUAAUGAACUUUGGUUCGUCCUCGAACUGGCCAAAACCCUCUCUGUCUCUUCAAGCUUUACCCACCAGCCCCCUCCUCCUCCCAACCAGCAGCCAGACGCUGGCCCGAAGAAGGGGAAACAAAGACCUGCCAAAGCCAACGAAGUAGACGUCAACACCGCUUCAGGUUUUUCGACCUCUGUCCCACAAGAACCACCAGUCUUACCUGCCGGAACAUUCUCCAUUACACCUUCGACACAACCUACCAAACCUCCUCAUACUCAGGUACACGAACUUGAAUUAGUCCUCAAAUCAAAACGACAGGCAUUGGACGAAUGUUCCGCAUUGAUAGAUUCGGCGGUAUCAGAACUGCAGAUGAUGGCCAGUGCUGGAGAUAGGUUCUGGAGGGACAUCAAGUCCUUGAAGGAUGGGCAAAAUGGCAGAGAUCAAUGGGCAAUACUACCUAAGCCUGAUUUUGGAAGGACCAUGGUGAAAGGUGAAAAGUCGAAAGAUAUAAUAAUACCCUACUCCGUCGAUGAAGCUCCCCGAGCCACGAGAUCACGUUGUCUGGCUGCGUUCGACCUUGACCCGACCAAAGAAGAUGCUCUUACUUUCGGUUCCAGAUCGCAUUUACGCCUAAGAACCACAUUGAAAGAUGUCUCUGGAGCAGUAGUGGGGUCUUCCCCAGUCAUAGUGGGAAAUUCAUCAGGCGUGAGAGCACAGAUGGAAGCUGCGCAGAUGGAGGCUUUUGAUGAGGAUCUUUUCAGUGUACUCCGCUAUGAAGCCUCCCAGAUAUCGAAGAGUGAGCUAGAGCCGAAGUCAGUAUCAUUCCCUGCUGCAGAGUAUACCCUUUCCUUUGAGCUGUAUGACACCAGAACUCGUUCCCAGAUUCCGACUUCUCCCCUGUGUGACCUGAUCGUAUCUUCGGCCCAAUCAAACCUUCUCAAUCUGCAUCGGCACCGCAAAAGCAGAUUGGUAUCACCCAUGUCAUCGAGUACAGCAUCACCUACUCUACUCAAACCCAUCGUUCACGCAUUAAGGUAUCGACAACUAUGCAACACCAUCAACUCCACACUGAGUAACUUCGCGAGUAUAUUCGAGACAGCAGGUUUAGAGGCUUCUUCGACUUGCCAGAUGAUUGCUGGCCAAUCUUCGUCGGAAGCUAUCAGUGAGUUCUUGGUUGGUCGAUCGGACACAAGCAAAUUGAGUGAUACCUAUCGAUUAGAUAUUCCUGGUUGUCGCGGAGUGAAGAUCGAUGCCCAUGCUCCUUUCAGGACUAGUGUGACACUGACCAACGCCACAUUCGAUCUUUCAAACCCCGAAGAGCUAUCCCAUAUCUUAUCCGAGGAGUUUGCGACUCAAAUACUUACUCUGCUUCGUUCCGAACUCCGGAACAGAAUAUCAGAUGCGUCAAUCAGGUCCAGACUGUUUUUGGAUGAAUUGGAAGGGAUGAUACAUCUUUCUCAGAUCGGUCUGAUAAGAGUUUCAAUACCCCCUCCGUUUCAUACGAUCUUGAUCAACGUCGAUCAACACACCGAACUGAGACCAUCUGCAAUCGAACAACCACAAGGAUAUGAUGCCCGACGUGAUGGGCAUCUGCAGAUAUGGAUCAAUAGGGUAGUAGAGGAGUUGAUUCCGGGGUAA